CGUCACUCGGGGCCGGAGACAUGGCGGAGCGACGCAAGCAGAAGAAGCGGAGCCAGGAGGUUGGAGAACCAACUAAAGAGGAGAAAGCGGUAGCCAAGUACUUGCGUUUCAAUUGUCCAACCAAGUCCACCACCAUGAUGGGCCACAGAGUUGAUUAUUUUGUUGCUUCCAAAGCAAUAGAUUGCUUGCUGGAUUCCAAAUGGGCAAAAACAAAGAAAGGAGAGGAGGCUGUCUUUACAACCAGGGAAUCGGCAGUGGAAUACUGCAACAGGCUCCUCAAGAAGCAGUUCUUCCACCGCGCGCUGAAAGUAAUGAAAAAGAAGUCCGAAAAGGAAAUCAAAAAGGAGAAAGGGAAAAAUGACAGCAGCAAAGAGGAGGAAAAGAAGAGCAAAAAGGAAACGGUGAGGGAUGAGAAGAGUAAGAAAGAGAAGAAGGAUGAAGCUCCAGGGACACCAAAGAAAAAGAAAGAAACAAAAAGAAAAUUUAAAUUGGAACCACAUAAUGACCAACUUUUCCUCGAUGGAAAUGAGGUUUACGUGUGGAUUUAUGAUCCUGUUCAUUUCAAGACAUUUGCAAUGGGACUGAUAUUAGUUAUUGCAGUGAUAGCUGCCACACUCUUCCCACUGUGGCCUGCGGAGAUGCGAGUAGGUGUUUACUACCUCAGUGUAGCAGCAGGCUGUUUCGUGGCCAGCAUCCUGCUCCUCGCAGUGGCUCGGUGCAUCCUCUUCCUCUUAAUCUGGCUCCUUACUGGCGGCCGACACCAUUUCUGGUUUUUGCCAAAUCUGACAGCAGAUGUUGGCUUCAUUGACUCCUUCAAGCCCCUGUACACACAUGAGUACAAAGGGCCUAAAUUGGACUCCAAGAAAUCUGGCGAGGAGACAAACCCCGAGAAACAGCCACAGCCCAACGAAGAGGAGGCAAAGGAGGAAGAGGGAGAAGAGUCAGGAGCAACGGGAUUAGAGGCAGCAGCGCUGGGGAGUCCAGCCACAGAGCGACCAUCAGACACGGACAGUGAUCGGAGGGACGACGACUGUUCUCAGCACAGCAGUGGCAAUGGGAAUGACUUUGAAAUGAUCACUAAAGAAGAACUGGAUCAGCCCACAGAUGACGAAGAGGAGGAAGAGGAGGAGGAAGAUGAUGAGACACAGCCGUUACACAGUAAGUCGUAGAACAGGGACAGUUCCAUCUCCAGCAAUCAAGCACAAGGAGCUGAUGUUGGAGACAGUUCCACAUUGGUGGGGACAUCUGCCUGGUCCAUUGUGGAUGCCACGAAUGAGAAAUUGAGAAAUUUAAAACUGCAUGAUAAUCAUAGCAUUUUAAAAUUUCCCCAUUCAAGACACAAUGAUCAAAAGCCACUAUGUUUUCGUGGAGUAGGAGGUAGUCAAGGAAAUCUCCUUAGUGUUUGUUUCAAAGGCCAUGAGUAGUCAUACUUCCCAUCAGAGUUUAAAUCGUGAAUAUCGUCCCAAAGCCCGUCAACGUGACUCAUCCAAUGGUCCAGGAGAAAGGUUGGGAAAUUCAUGAAGGUGUCUGUUUUUGCUCAGCUGAAAGAAGUGAGGCUAAAGCUCAGUGCCACGGUUUGAAAUAUCCAUGUUCAUAGCUUUAUAAUCUCUCUGGCCUGAGGCUCAGUGGAGUUACCAUCUGCGCUCAAAUCUCCCGCAAAUUAAUAGGUGGUGCUAUAAAAAUGGAGGUUGUCUGUCAUUCAGGCGAGUGACAUCAGUGGAGCCCUUUGAGGUUUGGAGAACAUGUGGGUGCUAGAAAUAGUGGGUCUCUCAAUUUCACCAGAUUUGACCAGUGAGAGCUAAUGUGCAAAGCUGAUGGUUUCUGAUGGACCUUUGGUGCUAGGAGUGGUGGCUUUUAAGAAACAUUAAGCUGAGCCGAAACAGAAUGGUCCACUUCUGUUUAAUAAGCUCCUUGAAUCUGGCAACAAACCAUAAAAUGUGUCUGUCUGCUGCAUCAAGCAACCCUUCCACUGCAAUUAAAAUUCUUUUGUCCACCUUUUGUCAUUUUUACCAUCAUUAUCAAUUGAUAAUUAGAAACAGAUUUUUUUGUGACUAAAGUAGAUAAUGGAUUGGUUAAGCAUGUGCAGGAACAAUACUGAAGUACGGGCUUUGUAAUUAGGUUUGAAAAUUUAUGCCAAGGCUACACACAAUACGUGAUAAUUUGGGAAAUUUAGGCCACAGCCAAAGAAUUUCUGUCCCUUCAAAGCAUGAGAUUAGUGAGUUGAAGUAUUAAUUCUCCAACAUCCAUGUUUAACUUUUAGCAGUGAAGAGAAAAAGAAAUAAAUGAUAGGAUAGUGCGUAUUCAACAUCUAAGUUUACUUAGCUGCAUAAAAUGUAUAGGGUCUAUGUUCCAGCUGAAAGAACACUCAAAAUGCUGUAAUAUUCAUGUGGUUUGCAAAGACAGUACAAGUUGAAGUAAACCCUUAUGCAAACAACAGGAAAUCCUGAUGCAGUUGUGAACUGCAUUGACCGUAUUACUCAAUAGUUAAAAAAGUCCUUUUGCAAUAGAAUUUCAGGCUUCUUUACUGAUACAACAUCGCACAACAUAACAUGUUGUUCCUUAAUAUCCCUUCAACAGAAACACACACCCAGCCAAUUAUAAAAAAAUAAAAAAUGUUCAAUCAGUCUUCAAGCCUUUCUGCAUCAUUUAGACCUGUGACACUUCACUGGUGGCUGAUGUGUUGCGUUAAAUGUGGAACCUAAUUAGUCUCCAGCAUCUGUUUGUCGUGCGGUAAUGAACUGAGCUCUGAUGUUUCACAGAGUAACCUGAACAUGGACCACACAACUUUGUAGUUAACUGUUUAAUUAAUUAAACUAUAGCACAGAACAGAAAUACUUGGUAGUGUAGGAAUUUUCUAUAUUCAUAUGCUUUUCCUAAUGAAAUGAUGAAGCAUUUUUUUUCCGUCAUCAUGUGUCUUUCUUGGAGAAAGAUUUGCCAGCGUGCCAGUUGUUUUUCUGGUAGUGAGUAUGAACCUGCUCUCAAAUGGUUUUUGAGUAUUCGUACAUCGUAUAGUGUAGCUCCUGGCCAGUGCUAUUUUGUGUAUAUUGCAGCAGCAAAGAGAGAGAUGAGAGAGAGUGAGAGGAAGGGAAGUGCUUGCUCCUUGCUCUUGUUCAAACCCAGUUAUGUCCAUAUUUGGAUUGCUAUAUAAUUUAAAGAUUUGUCUUUAUGAUUACUGGAACAUUAUUUAAACAAUAACUGUUUAGCUAUUUGAGGAAUUAAAUGUAUCCUUUAAUGCAAUUAAAAAAGUGAAACAGC